GUUGGACCUGCUCCGUGCAAUAAGUUCCCCAAGCACCGACACCUGCGAAGAACGAAAAAGCCCCAAUAGAUCUUCCCUUCUACCCUUCCUCUUCUUAGCUCCUCUUUCCCCAAACCGAACUACUCGUAAACCCCCCAGCACACCACCAUGGCCGCCGGAGAAGGACGCAUAGAGAAGGUAUUGAGGUCUCUCCAAGACCCGGAUGUCGGCCGAAUUGUCCUCUUCAGCAUGAACGGAGGGGUUGGGAAGACAUGGACUGCGAGGCACGCCAUGCGCCGAGCCAUGGAUGCCGAUCUUUUCGACAUCUUCGUCUGGGUCAACCUGUCCGUCGAUCUCAAUUGGAGGUAUGCCCAAAGGAGGAUUGCGGAGAAUCUUUUCAUUCCGAUUCCCACUAACCGUGCCGAUGGCGAGGGAGCUGGAGAGAUUGUCUCGAUGAUCAGGCACGAAAUUUGGAGAAUUCUAUCGGAGAAGCGGUUCUUGCUGGUGCUGGAUGAUGCAUGGUUGGUAGAGGGUGAUGUUUUGGAUUUAAUGGGAGUUCCGUGCCCUGGUCCAAAGAACCUUUCCAAGGUCAUAGUUACCACGAGGUCGACACGGACCUUUGUAGUGAUGGAGCCCGCCGUGGUGUUUGAGCCAGAAGCUCUUCCUGCGAAGGAAUCCUGGAGUUUGUUUUGCGACGUGGCGGGUGAAUCAUUCACUUCACCUGCAGUCCACUCGGUUGCGCAAAGCGUAAGGGCCCAGUGCUCCGGCGUGCCCCUCCUGAUCAUUUUGAUUGGAGGAGCCCUGAGAGAAACAAAGGCCGCUUGGUUACUUAGGGCUCUAUUGCAGCAGGCCUUGUCAGCAUUGAGAGCUGACGCCGAGCAGUUAACGUUUCAGACCAUGUAUAGGGUGGUAAAAUUUUCUUAUGAUGCUUUGUCCAGUGAUUCGAUGAAAGAUUGCUUCUUGUACUGCACGUUCUUUGCAGGGGGCAGGGAUAUCAAUUCGGAGGAGUUGAUUCGACAUUGGGUAAUGGAAGGCUUCAUUCAUGGGUAUGACUGCCUACACGAAGCUUACAAACAGGGGAGAGUGGUGCUCGAGGAGCUUGUGAAUCGUGGUGUUCUUAUUAGAGAGAGUGGCGAUCGCGUUAGCGUGCACGAUGUGGUCAGAGAAGUGGCACGAGAAAUCGCAAGCGCAAGCGGUAGAACCUCCUAUGAGAGGGGCGGAAUGGAUCUAACUGCUCCACCAAGUGAGUUUGUGUGGAGAAGCUUCAGGUGGAUCUCACUGAUGGACAACUUACUAAGAAAGUUGCCCGAAUGCCCCAAGUGCAACAACCUCUCGACCUUGCUGCUCAAAGGAAAUCAAGUCCUAACUCAAAUUCCAGAUGCAUUUUUUGAUCACAUGGAGAAGCUUCGAGUUCUCGACCUUUCAUACACUGGUAUUCGAUGGCUGCCGACUUCCAUCUCCAAAUUACUCGGCCUCCGGGUUCUGCUUCUACGAGGUUGCCAGUCUCUAGAGAGUGUAAUGGAGUUGCAUACACUCGAAAAGCUUGAGGUGCUUGAUCUUUCUGAAACCUCAGUUCCAUCAUUACAGUUUCUCGGUAACCUUGCCAACCUUCGUCACCUCUUACUGAGGUGCCAAUGCAUUAACUCAGAGCUCCACUUGGAAGUUCUAACGAUGCUGGAGGAACUUGACCUUUCAGGCACAACACUAGUUGAAUUCCCUUAUGAGAUCUCUAAACUGACCCAGCUAAAGCGCGUCGAUCUGUCUGGAACGAGGUACACGAGGCGACUCAAUUGGGAAGCCUUGCAGUGGCUACCUGAAAAUCUGAAUUGGGACAAUUGCGGUGUCUCUGAUACCCCAAUAGAGCUGGUCAGGGAAGAUGGAGGAGUCUAUGUGGCCGUUGGUAACUCUGACUUGCUCUUAUCUUUGGACAAAAACUCCCAGCUCUGGGAGAACUGGUUCAGGAAAUUUCAUUUUUAUGUGUGUCCUUCAGAGAGGAGCAGCUUGGAGAAUGAUCUUCGUUUCCAAAGGAAGCAAUUUAUCUUUCGAGACAUCUACUUUGAGUCCAGGCACUUUGCUCAUUCUGUGGAACACACAAAAUUUUUAGAGAUUUGUGGUGUUAGUAGCUAUCCCGAAGGCAUUGAAGGUGUCCUGAACAAUGCAGAGCUGCUUUUUUUGAACAACAAUGCGUUCAUGAAGAAAUUGUCUGAUUUGGGUUUCGAACAUAUGAAAGUAAUGAAGGAGUGUUGAAUUGAGAGAUGCGAUCAAGCAGAGGUGGUCUUCAGGGGAGACGAUGUGCAAAUAAUUGUUGCAAUUGGCAGACUGGAGAACCUGUGGAUUUCUAACCUUGCAAACUUGAGGCAUUUAUGUGAAGGAAUGGAGAGACUGAUGAGCUUCUCAUCGCUGAAACAUUUACAUGUGGAUUGCUGUCCUAACAUUGUAAGCAUGUUCUCCUCAGCACUGCGUCUAGAAAAUCUUGUAAGUCUUCAGAUUAAAUUUUGUGACAAGUUGGAAAGUGUGUUCGGAGAGUCAGUGGCGGGUCAAGAGAUGCUUCCGCGCCUGCGAACUUUGCGCCUAUGGGAACUACCAGAGCUCAAAAGCAUCUGUGAAGGACACCUACCGUCACUGAAAAUGAUGAAAAUGAAGGAAUGUCCGAAGCUGAAGAAGCUUCCACUUGAUGCAAACGACAUAAGACCGCUAGUGGAGAUCAGAGGAGAACGGUGGUGGUGGAAUAACUUAAUGUGGGAAGAUGAGAGGGUCCAGACUUCAUUACACUUUAGAAAUUGGGGUCUCUUUUGAAACAUGAAGCAGCGGUUGAAGUAGAAGUCCUCAUGAAAAUUGGUUGCUGACAAAGUCUUUGUUUUUAUUUUUUAUUUUUUAUUUUUUAUUUAUGAUAAGGGAGGUGAGAUGCCACCCAAUUUUAUCUAUGGUUGCUGACGAAGUUAUUGUUUAAUUUAUGUAUUAUGUGUUCUUUUAUUCUCUUUGAGAUAAUCCAUCGCCAUAUAUUUAUUAUA